AUGACGCACCCAACCGAUUCGUGCUCAGUGCUCGGCGAGCUGGAGGGAGAUCACUCGCCGCCAGUCAUCGCUGCAGAGAGGAGUCGCUGGGACUGGUCGUUGCUACAACAGUCGCUCCAACAUGCGCGCGGUACACAUCGCCAUAAUCGCCAUCUCAGCGAUCCUCUUGCUCGUCGCCUUGAUAUUGACUCUCACCAGCGGAGGUGGCCGGGAAGAACCAGUCCUAAGUGA